UAACUUUCCCCCUCCUGCUCUGUCUUCAGCUUCAUUUUCUAUUCAUUUUUCCUUUGCCUUUCCUCAAUGACGCAGCUAAUUUUCACUUUCACAACUUUUUUACCGUCCCUUAUCCAACGUUCACUUUCCUCGCAUUUCUUUCCCCAUCCUUUCCGUCUUUCGUUAAUCCCGCGUUUCAAGAAGGAUUAGCCAACUUGUCGAGAUUGGAGUGGCCGUGUUCCAGAGAACUGAUGGACGAGUCCUUAAGGGGCGGCGGAGUUCCUUUAGCAAGAUCCUUAAGUGUCCUCCCCUUCCUUCACGACCCCCAAGCUUUAGAAAGGACAGGGGCGGGGAGGGCCGGGAAGUACCUCCUAAUUGCAUUUCACGCUGUAGCUCCUCGCGGGAAAGCGCCUCAUUGUUUGGUUCUCUUUAGUGCCUCGAGACGCCCCUUAAUAAUUAUUGUCCUUGGCCGUGUAGGAACCCAGCGCAAUGUUCUCGAUAGCUGUUAGGACGCGCCGGGAAUCCCUGUGAUGCCGCCAAUCGUUGCGGAGAAAGGGGAAGUAGAGAGAGAGAGAGAGAGAGAGAGAGAGUCGUACAGGCAAGCUAGGAUGACCUGUAGAGUGGAGAGGUGAUGGUGGUGGAGGCGGCGGUGGUGGCGGCGUGAGGAGGAGCACGCAGGCGCCGGAAGGAGAGCCGUGAGCGGCACUGCGGCCCAGGUGGCGGCACACUCACGUGGCUCCUCCCCGCCGCCACGCCGCUCUACCCUCGCUGGGAGUGUUGUUGCCUUCGUGCGUGUAAAGCCGAGUUGUGUGUUCGUGAAGCGGUGCCGAGGGGAGGACUUGAUCCCAGGGUGGACCUCCGAGUUGCUGCUAGGGAGUGAAGGGACGUUAGCGGCUGCGGGUGACCUAUAAUGCCCUUCACCAAAGCGGGGAUCACCAGAACAAACAAAUCAGGUUUUCGAGUGCAAACAAGACGACCCCUGGCGGCAAACACAGCCAGAUCUGGGUAUCAGUUUUCAGAGUCCGGUCGAGCCCCAGCCGGAGUAAUUGGACGGAUGGUCGAUGUCGGCAGCAGUAUAAACGAGCACACGUGCCACGGCUCGCCUCGCGCCCUCGCCGCCAGUAAUAACACUAUUUACUGCAAUGGGAGAAUCGUGAUACCAGGAAGAAGUAGUGAAAGGGGGAGGAAAAGAGCUUAAAGCCUCGCCGAAAUCUCUCCAGGGACGAGUUGGCUGAAUCCUGGUGGAGCGGCGUUUGAGUGGCGGAGUCAACAUCGAGGCUUUGUUUGAGUGGGUGUUCCGCCUUCCCCCAGCACCAGUCGAGGCCCAGCUCUUGUGCCGCCAGGACCCCGGCGUCGCCUCCCGCUUCUGUCCACAGGAGUGCCUUACCUCGCCUACAGGGGAGGAGCUCUGCAUUCAGCCCCUUCACCAGCCCCUCGCUGCCUUCCCGAGAAAUUUCCGCCUUCCUGAACGUGUCCACGCUCAAGGAAACUUUGGGUGUGUCAAAAUGUGUCGCUCCUAAGUGCUGCGCAUCAGGAAUAUCGCUCAUCGCCGCCCCUCGGAGGGAAAGUUGUAAAGGUGCAAAGUUGUUGUCGAACAUUUUUUUGGAUGAGUUUUAUUUAAAGUGAGUGAGUGGCGCGUCGCCUGCAGCGUGGGGCUCAGCCGCUGCUCCAACCACGAGUGUCGCGCCUCCCACUGUGGGGCCGAGCCUACUCCCUCUCCAUAGCCCUCGGGGGACCCCCCGGGCGUGUGCUUCAGUAUAAUACACAUUCCACCUGGAGAUAGUGCACCGAGGGCCCUUGAGACUGCCCUCAAAGCUGGCCUAAAAAAUAUAGGAAAAGUUGAAUUACUCCUCAUUACCUAAACUUGAAAAGGUAGAGAUAUGAAGACACCCUCAGGCUCGGCAUUCAAGAUAUGUUUAGAAAAGGGUGAAGCGAGUCGUGGCGGGGUGACGGGGUGAGCGUGAGGGUGGGAGCGAGAGAUGUUCCCCUUCAGUGGUAAAGGGGAGGCUCUCUGAAUAAAGCAGCAGCUUCAUAAAUAUUCUGAAAACACCCCGCAUAAAAAGUAGGUAAGAAUGCAGUUGUUAGUAAUGGCGGGCGUGACCUGGACAUGACGAGGCGCUCCACAACGCAGCCUUGACGGGAGGGCCGCCUCGAGGCACCUUCAAGCAAUGACAUGGACUCGAGCCUCCGCCGGGUGACGCCUCCCCCCCUCAGAUUGCCCUCCCCACCUCCCCCGCCGCAGAGACCCAGGCAGGUGCAGGGAGCCAGGCAGACGGCCCCUGCUGGUGCAGGUGGGAACCCAAUCAGCGACAAGGCGUGUGUGAGGCCGUUGUUGAGGCAGGCGGAGGCGGAUCCCGAGCGGCCGGACUCCCAGGCUGCCUUGCGGCGCUUCUGUUUGCCUCAGCACUUCUCGCCGACGUUAUCAGAGCCUACACCGCCGCAUCAGGGGCCUCAAAAUGACGCUCAUGCAGACUUAUGGCUCCAUGCAGCCCCGGCCCGGAACAUCUGCCUAGACUUGUGUUGUGGUGGCCAGCUCUAAAAAAUGCCGAGAGGAACUCAUUCACAUAAUGCGACAGGACUAGAAAUACUCUCAAAACGAAACAGAAAAUACGGUAUCGAUGAGAGUCUUCUUCCACUCGGGUAAAGGAGGAACUCCCAUGAGAGAGAAACAAAUGGUCAAGUAGAAUUGUCUCCUUGGAAGGAUUUUUUAGUGCGUGGCGCUGUCCUGGUGCCUCGCCUGGUGCCGCUGGGGACGCCGCCCCCUGCUGUGUUGUUAAAGUGUGUGGCAGACGCUCUUGCAAAGGGACACGAAGGAGAAAUAUGACCUGUCUCCUCCGCUGUAUUACAUGACCUUGCCCACUGUUGAAAAUUCUUUAAACAAAAGAACUUUUUGGCGCGACUUUGAUCACAGCGGAGGUAUUGUACCAUAGGUCAAUCCGUGUGUGUGUGCGUGUGUGUGUGCGUGUGUAUAUAUGUGGUGGUGCUGCCUGCCUGCCCAGAUGUCCGUGGGGAGAGCGGUGACACCCAGCUCACCCCUCUCGAAGAGGCGCGUGGGCCCCUGCCCCUCGCCCUUCACCAUCAGCGGCGCCCCGGAGGUGACACGCUCCUGCACCUCCGUCGACGCCCUCUGCAGCCCCAGCACCAUUGACUCCUUCCUCAGCGAGUUCUCUCAGUUGACACUCUCGCACACGCGGAGUUGGGGGGACGUGAUGGGCAACGCGAGGCGGGCGUCGCCUCCUGACGCGGGCGUGUGUUCACGUUACUUUCUCAUCGACAAGUCCCCUCACAGCGGCACCAGCGAGAGUCUGGACGACAGUGAAGCCUCAAGGGAUGUCUCGAGCGACAAGGACGAUGACAAACAGAGCACAUGCAGCAGGAGUGGCAGCGUCAUCUCCAGCUACUUCACUGUCCCCAAGACGACCUGCCUGCCGGCCAGCACGGAGGCCGCCAAGCCGGACGAGGACACUGCAGUGGAAACUGUCGAGUUGGGCCUUAUGUCCGACCAGCCCAAUGUCCACCUGACACAGGAACAAAACUCUUCAAACUACGGAACAAUAGCGGGCUUGGUGCUGGGGCCCCGGCCCGCUGCCAAGGGGCUCAGGGCUGACAAACCUUUCCUUAACUCAGCGAUGCGCCAGAGCUCAAUACCUUUUCUGAUCCCACAAUUCUCGUCAGCGCGGCCCAGCGUGUUGCCGGAUGACGUGCGGGCCUCGCGGUGCAGCCUCAACCUUCCCAACGGCAAGAGGGUCGCAAAGGCGAGGCACGGCUCCAAGGGCUCCCUCAAGUUCAAGAGUCUCCAGGGCUCCCUCCAGGGCCUCUCCCACCUCAAGGUGCCAGGCACCUCCCGCGGCCAGGACAGUCGCAAGGGCUCCUUCCUCUCGGCGCUCAACACGUCCCUGCUUGACAAGAUAUCCUUGGCGUCACGCAGGUCCUCGGCCUUCGACGACUCCAGGUCCAUCUCCAAGUCGGAGGAAGUCAAGAACAAGAUCAUCAAAAACUUUAACACAGUCCUCUCUCUGGGUGCUGAUGUCUUACCGGAAUACAAGUUACAGUCUCCGCGUAUACACAAAUGGACUAUCCUUCACUACUCGCCCUUCAAAGCCGUGUGGGACUGGAUCAUCCUCCUCCUCGUCAUCUACACGGCCAUCUUCACCCCCUACGUCGCCGCCUUCCUCCUCAACGAGCAGGAGGUGGCGCGGAAGAACAACCAGAACCAAUAUGAAAGUCCCAUCGUCAUUAUAGAUCUCAUAGUUGACAUCAUGUUUAUGGUGGAUAUCAUCAUCAACUUCAGGACGACCUACGUGAACCACAACGAUGAGGUAGUCUCUCACCCCGGCAAGAUCGCCCUCCACUACCUCCGUGGCUGGUUCCUCAUAGACGUGGUCGCCGCCAUUCCCUUCGACCUCCUGCUGGUGACGGAUUCUGAGCCUCACACAACUGCUUCUCCAGCAGAAAGAGAUUUUGAGCAGGAAGCAGAUGAUGAAAAGACAACCACCCUCAUCGGCCUCCUGAAAACCGCUCGACUCCUGCGCCUGGUGAGGGUGGCCAGGAAAAUAGACAGGUACUCAGAGUAUGGCGCCGCCGUCCUCCUCCUCCUCAUGGCGACCUUCGCCCUCAUCGCCCACUGGCUCGCCUGCAUCUGGUAUGCCAUUGGGAACGCCGAGCGGCCAGGCCUGCCUCACAAAAUUGGCUGGCUGGACCACCUGGCCAACGCCACCCGCCAGUACUACUACAGCAACAGCACGGGCGGGCCCACACUCAGGGCUAAGUAUGUGACAGCACUAUACUUCACCUUCAGUAGCCUCACGUCUGUGGGUUUCGGCAACGUGGCUCCAAACACAGAUGUAGAGAAGAUAUUCACCAUAUUGGUUAUGCUCAUUGGCUCCCUCAUGUAUGCCAGUAUCUUUGGUAAUGUGUCAGCCAUCAUCCAGCGGCUAUAUGCAGGCACAGCUCGCUACCACACACAGUUCAUGAGAGUCAAAGAGUUCAUCCGUUUCCAUCAGAUACCAAACCCUCUCAGGCAGCGGCUAGAAGAGUAUUUCCAGCACGCCUGGACCUACACAAACGGCAUCGAUAUGAACCUGGUGUUGAAGGGCUUCCCUGAUUGCCUGCAAGCUGACAUCUGUCUGCAUCUCAACAGACAGCUUUUCCAAUCCUGUCCAGCCUUUGAAGGUGCCAGUCCAGGAUGUUUACGAGCAUUAAGUAUGAAAUUCAAAACCACUCAUGCCCCACCUGGAGACACAUUAGUGCACAGGGGGGAUGUCCUCACCUCAAUGUACUUCAUCUCCAGAGGCUCUCUUGAGAUCCUCAAAGAUGAUGUGGUUAUGGCCAUUCUGGGGAAAGAUGACAUAUUUGGGGAGAACCCUUGCCUCUACCCCACCAUAGGCAAAUCCUCGUGCAACGUGCGCGCCCUCACCUACUGUGAUCUCCAUCGCAUCAUGAGGGAUGACAUCCUCGACGUCCUUGAUCUUUACCCAGAAUUUGCUGAGGAGUUUUCUAGAAAUCUGGAAAUCACCUUCAACUUGAGAGACGAGGAAGUGGCUGGUGUGGAUCCAGCUCUUCUGCGAAGGAAACAGCCCAUCAUAGAGCGCAGCAACUCCCAAGAAGAGGAGAAUUUGAAGGCUACCUUUAGGCUACCAAGGCAGCGGCGGAGACAGUACACCCGCGGGCCAUCCUCGGGCGAGGAGAGUGACUCUCCUGAUGAAGAUCAAUGUCAGUCGAGUGCAGAGGUGUUGCACAAACAGGAGGAGAAGCACUUAGUCUCCAGAGGUGGACUGGGCUCCCCACCUGAUAAAGGGAGGAAAGAGUCAGGUCCCCUAAGCCUUAACUUUGAACACAAGCAAAGGUCGGGCACCCUUAACUCUAUAACAGCUGGGUCCACGGAUAUGUCCCCAGGUUAUGGGGUCCUUACUCAGCUCAAACGUAGCUUUACUGACCUCCGCCUGCAUAGAGUGGAGGGUAAGGUCCAUAGAUCGGAAAGUAGAUCGGGAGCCUUCUCAAGUAUGACCUCAGCGUUGGGUGUUGGAGGGCGAGAAUCAAGGUCAACAUCCAGAUGCUCCUCCCCAGGACCCCACGGAAAAGAGGAUGCCCCACUCCUCACAAACGCUGCCCCUAUUGCAGGUAGUGCCAGUCCUGAGCGGCGAGUCCCUGGCCGCCAUUCCAGCUUGACCUUGCCUGUGGAAGGUCAACACAGUGCCGCCCACAGUCACACCCGGGAGGUUGUGGAGGUCAACUUGCGCUUAGAUGCCAUUACCAGGCAAAUGCAGCACUUGGAGAAUCGUGUGACAUCAGACAUUGCUCACAUUCUCUCUAUUCUACAACAACAACAGCAACAGUCAUCAGUUUCACCGUCCCAGAUGGACUCUGAUCAGAGUCCAGAAAAUCGUCGUGGUGGAGGUAACGGUUCUCGAGGAGGAAAUGGACGAGAAUGUAAAGUGUUCCGACGAACAGCCUCCUUGCAUGACGACACCCCGAAGCACUCCAGACACCACUACCGCUCACUGGAGAUUACUCGGCCUCAGGUGGAGGAUUUAUUAGGGCAUUCAAGUGAUAGCUCCACACACCAAGGCCUUGACUUUCGAGAAGUAAGUGGAGCCCUUGGAGGCUUGAGUGGCCCAGGUCGGGGAGGCGUAGGGGUUACUAGACAAUGCCCCUCCAUGCCCCUCACUCCAGACCUGGACUCAGACUCCUUGAGACCAUCCCCGCCCCGCAGCCAAUCUCAGCCUUCAGAUUUAACACAGGCCCGGUGGCGUCGUAAGUGCCGCUCACCUCUGCAAGGCUCAGCCCUGGACCCCUGGGCACCCCGGCGGGAGGACUCCAAGGGGUCUGAGCCUGAUUCCUGGGGCGACUUCCGAUCCCUCACCGAGGCUCCCAUCGCUAGACUAGAGUCGCUGGAUGAGAUGGAGUCGUUGUCUCUAGCAGCCUCUAAGACCAGUGACCAGUGAUACCGCCGCCCUUCCUCUCUCUCUUUCCUCCUCUCAAGGGUCCCACGAACGUUCAAGGGAAGCAAGUCCCGGCACGAGUCGUCGAAGCAUGCCUGCUCCUCCUCGGACUGAAUCAGAUGUCUAGGGCUCGUGCUUCACCAACAAACCCUCAAGGACCCACAGCCACUCAGGUCGGAGUCCAGCGUGUGGUAACUGGCAUCCCCAAGUCCAAGUGAAUUUGCAACGAAUGAAUCUUUCUGCAGUUACUCAUUGCCUAGAAAGCAAAGGAGUCUAGUGUAUGAAGAUUACAUAUGACUUAUAGAUAUGUGGAAAUGCUACGUAGUCAUUAUGUAGAUGGAGAAUGGGGAAGUUCUAUGAGAGCUGAAAAACCACAAGUUAUAUGAUAAAAGUUUAAAAAUAUCAUAGCAUAUGUAUUUUGAAAUUUCUAGGCAUACUGACCUACCUACAUCACAUGCAAUACAUAAGUUCAUCCUAGUCAUGUAGGAAGUGAUACACAACUCUGUGAGAACUGAUAUUCAGUACCCUUAAGUUAUAUAAGAGAAUCCAGCAUUAAGGCUUGUUACCACCGAAUCCAUUGUAAUUAAUUAUAAUUACAUAUUCAAAUUAAGGCCCCUAAAAUGCAGUUGAAGGGGAUCCUAAAUAUUUCUAAUGUUUAAGGUAUUCCUCAGUGACUGUAGCGGGUUAAACCUUGCUUGAAAUGAUUAGAGAUAGAAAGAAUAUGUUUUGAUAUGCAGAUACUGAACAGAAGAGGCUGCACAUUCACAUAGCCAGUCGCUAAUUUUUUCAGAUUCGGUAAUACUGCAACGUCCAGGGAACGAUGGUAAUUAUUUUUUUAAUAUUAAGGUUUUCUGUGAUGCCUUUGAUUUAAAGAGCGGAGAACAUAAACGAUGGUUGUGUCCAAGAAGUCCUUGGUCAGACUUCUUUAGUUAUUUUUUAUGUUCAUGAUAUUAAGCCUUCAAGUUUACCAUUGCCAGCAGCACUACCUACCUGUUUGUUGAUUUGGUUUUGUUUAAACAAAACAUUCUCAGAAAACUUAGGAGAUGUGCAUUUGUACAAACAUUUUUAAUAUGUGAUGGAUUCCUCCUGCAUGAAGCAAAAACUGACUAGACACUCCUUGGACCCUACCACUGAGAUGAAGUUACUUGUUAAGACAACAGCUGAAGGGUUUAGCUACUGCCUGAAGCCAAAGGAACUGUGACUUUCAAUCAGCCUCUUCUAUAUAAGUUGCCUCUGCUUUUAGAAGAGGCUGAUAUCUUAACUUUUCCUUUAGAGGAGCAUACAGGUUCAUGUGUAGGCAUGGAUGAAGUACACAUGAAAUGGAUCAUGAUAUUUUUGCCAGGACUCCAGGGUCUUAGCUUCAUGUAAACUAAGUAACAGAAAGGAUUUUUUUUUCUUUUCUUUUUUUUUUUCUUUUUUUUUUUUCUCACAUUUGUCAGAAAUACCUGAUCUUACCAUGACUUGCCCAAAAUUAUUAUAGUUAAUUUUCCCAUUGCAUUAUAACAGUUAAAAUGGGAUAUUUCUUAAGGCAUCAUUUUAAUUUACACUUAUAAAUUUCUGGAGUUUGAUGAGGAUCACUGAAAGUCAUAUCAUUCUUGACGUGUCACUAAUAGUUAUGAUAAGUCCUCAGCAUAAUGCUGUCAGUCAAGUCAGACACAAAAUUGAAUGGUCAAAUAUGAAAUCCUGCGAAUGGAUACACUCUCCUGCCUGGUGUUAAUGCACAUAGAAACUGAUUCCUUGCAGCCUCAUAAAAUUCUGGUAAACAAUGUGAAUCUGAAGAUGCUCUUUAUCUGUUUAUAUUUUUCCAAAGGUUAAAUUUAACAGCCAAUAAAGAAAUCCUUGAUUUGUCAUUAUGACUAAUAUGUGGUUGAUAUCAUGACAGUAUGUAUUUCUAUAAUUAUAUCAGAACUGACUCAUGCUUCAGUGCUUGUGAUGAUGCUAAUCCAUUUCAGUCAGUAACUAAACACUUGAGUUUUCACAUACAAGAACUCAGGAGUUUCUCUAAUCUCUUACAGAUGUAUAUGUCAUGAAACUGUGAAUAUGUUGAUGCAUCAAAAUGAUGCAUAACCAUUCUUGUAAUGUUUUAAGUUUCCGUCUAAUCUAGGAUCUCGGUAGUAUUUCUGACAUCCAUUUGGGCGUCUGAAUAACGUUGCAGUGGCUCUCUCUCUUGUUCACCAGAGAUUUUGACUCUUUUCAUUACGGUAUGGUAAGAUUGGCCACUUCAUUUAUUAAUGUCUGCUUUCACCUGCUGCUGACCUACUGUAGUAUAAGGAAAUAAACUCAAACACAACAUAAAAGACAUUGUAAAAUUGGAAAGGCUGCUGCAAACCUAAUUAGAAUUUCAUUUAAGUAGGGAAUCUUUUGUACAAGGUUGUGAAUGAAUAGCCUAGUUUGGAGGUGAUGCAAAGAACAGUGUUGGUGCUGCCAGUAGUGGUUUGGUGGCUUGUCUGUCAACCAGUGGCACCUUAGGCCAAGAGCAAAAUCACACAUUUUCUGUAAAAUUGCUUUCCUUUCAAAACUAUGUAUCAGUGCUAUGGAAUGAGUUCCCAGAUCACACAGGAAUGUAUUUUGUUGAGUGAAUUUGGGUAACUUUCCUUUUUUUUUUUUUUUUUUUUUUUUUUUUACAUUGUGAUCAAUUAAGCAAGAAAAAACAUUUCAAUCAAACUGUUCAUUGUUCAGUGUUUAGUUUAUUUUUCUUAAGAAAAUUCCUAUCAUGUCACUGGUAGACAUUGGGCAUUUUUAAAUGAAAUCCCCUAUCAGCCAUUCUAAAGGAAGGUAUGUUAUCCCUUCAGUACUGCUAGAUACACAUUCUAUAAUGAAAUUGCAUUCACAGUUAAAUAAUAGGUCAAUUAAUAGGCAGUAUAAUAGUUGUUACAUGAGUAUGAGUCAACUUUCUAAUUUUUGUGUGCAGAUUAUAAAGAAAAGUAUUGUUCUACAUUCAUUAAUUAUUGGUGAUGAAGUAAGAUUUGCAUAAGUAAUGACAUGAUCUAGAUAAGAGGCAGAUAUCACAAACAUUAUUAUAAUCAUUAAAUAUUGUUCUUUAUAUUUCCCAAAGACAGCACUCUUUCAGACUAAGUCCCCCUAGUCAUACUGAAUUGAUGUAUAAUCUUGAAAACUUCAUGAUGCACUUUUCAACCAGUGAAGAACUCGUGCAUUGCCCAGACAAGUAGGAACAAAUUACAGUUAUAUGUAGAAAAAUUGGUAAAUUUUCCUUCAGUACCAUAUUUUGCUACAUAGUGAUAGGAGCAUUAUAAUAUGUAUACUCAAAUUUUACCAACUUAAAAGAAUGGUGCCAAAUUUCCUACAUGCUUGAGAUCUUUCAUGUAGUGUAAACUACACCAUUGCAGAACACUUGAGUGAAGUAACACCAGCUCUGUAAACAUCUUUAGUGAUAGCUAGCUCAUUUAAGUAGUAAAUUUUGAUUAGAACCAUUAAAGCUACAAUUAGCUGCAUUUAUGAAACAAUUUUUACAGUAUACAUUGCAUGGUUAUCCAAAAUAUAGUUUGAUAAGCAGCAAUUUCCUGAAUAACAAAACACUUAUCUAUAAUGAUUGGCUGUUUUAAUAGCUAGGAAACUUUAUUCUAAUGAUUUUAAGGAAUAUAUAUAUAUAUAUAUAUAUAUAUAUAUAUAUAUAUAUAUAUAUAUAUAUAUAUAUAUAUAUAUAUAUAUAUAUAUAUAUAUAUAUAUAUAUAUAUAUAUUCACAUAUAGCAAAGUGUGAUAUUGAUUAGGAUAUUACAAGUCAAUAAUUCUUGUUAAACUGUUGAAGAAAAGCUCUCUUUUCAUGCAAAGAACAUGUAAAAUUACUUGGCUAAGGUGAAACAGACACCCUACUUAUCAUUAAAUGAAAUAACUGCAGAUGGCCUGUGGAGAGAAAGAGUCAUUCCUGAUCUUAUGAAGAAAGCAUUUAUCCCAUUUCCCUACAACAGGAUUGAACAAUUGCCCUUAACCCUAUACCAGAGUGUUUCUGUGCCUUCAGCCUUCCAAUAUUCCACAGGGCCUGUCCCUCUAUGUUUAAUUGUUAUCUAGUGUGGUUGUUACAUGUUGUUGGCUAAUGCUAAUAUAUUUUUGUUUUACUUGCAUCUAGCCAGGUACCUUUUGGCCUUUACUCUUUGCUAACAGAAAGCAACUUGGUUUUAGAAAUGUGGUUAUUUGUUUUAUAUAUAUUUUUUCUUUAGUUUCUGUUAUUGUUUUCUAUGUUUUACCCUUCCUGGAUGUUACCCAGAAUUACUUUCCUAAUACUUCCACAACUUAAAUAUACUAUCUUACUUGCAUUUCUUUUUCAUUUGGUGGACCAGGUUCAUCUUGCCUUAAAAUCACCAGCAUCCAUAUAUUUUCUUUAGAUAUGCAAAGUUGCAGGCCUUCAGUCAAACUAUUAUAAUUAUCGCCUAUUCUCUGAUUACGUCUUGCUCCUAACAACCAGCAUAACUCUGCAAUACUUAUGGGAAUCUAAGACACAAAAAAGAUGCUAUUUUUGUAUGAAAAAUAACCUUUACUUCCUUCAGUCUGGUUUUCUUCACUCAAUUAGGGUCGAGGAUUUAUCUCUACUUUUCUUUCGUGAUGAAAGCUUUUUAAUUUUAUCUUUUAUGUGAAAGCUGCAUCAGUAGUGAUGAUUACUCAAAAGACGUGACAUUAACACUUUAAUGUAUUUUUUCCCAUCUUGUGUUACAAGUAACAAUUUUCUUUUUAAUUUGCAUGUUACCUACAUCCAAAGCUUUAUAUCAUAUCUUAUCCUCUAUUUACAAGUGUUUGGCAGAACAUACAUUGUCAUUAUUUUCAGGCUCUUGUUUCUGAAAAGCAGUCCCCUCAUUGCUCCAUCCUUCAGACAUCCUUUCAGUAGUGUAAGGAACAAAGUUUUGUUAUCUCCACCUAUUCAUUCUUCGCUGUUCAUCUAAUGGAACUGAUUAACUUCUUACUCCUUAUUGAAGUAAUACACUUUUAUAUAUUAUAUUUCAUUUUACUUAUUUGUUUUAUCUUUAUUUUUAUUAACUUGCCUUAUUAAUUUAUUUAUAUUAUUUUUGUUUGAUUCUUCUUGACAAUGUGGCCUCCUGUCUUUUCUGCCAUGCUCUCAGAUCCUCACUUUCCUUUUACCACACCCCUGGUUGCCUUGGACCCCACAGGUCCUGUAUAUAAUUGUGACCACCAGGUUGUGACAGACUUGGGUCACACACUCGCCUGGCAAGAUGAGAUAUUGUACCUGUCCCUGCUAACUGCAUAGAUAUUGUCACUUAUGUUUAUAUACACACUUAACUGUCACUGGUGCACUAGCAGUGUUAGAAAAAUGACAGUUUGUACAUACCUGUAUAUAUAUCUAGCCCAGAAAGGUGCUUCUCUAAGAUCUGUGCUCCAGGCACAAGUAGACCUUACUUAGGAGUCACAACGACAGGGGAGAAGUGAGUUGGUGGACAUAGGGACAAGAUUUUAUCCAUCACUGUCCCAGCUUUGACAUGUUAGCAUGUUCCAAUACAUCUUUAUUGUUUAGGCUUAUAAUCUUGUAUAUCACAAAGUAAUCUAUAGGUACUGUUUUAAAUCAAUGCAAUUUAAACCUAAGAUGAACUUGCAAAUAUUUUAGAAAUCAUUAAAGCUGACAUACGCAAUGUAUUGAUCAAGAUCAGAUUUCAACCAUGCAUAAUGAACUGAGCCACUUCACCACUGGACAGCAGAACACCGAACACAAUGAUAAAUUGUUUUUAAUCUUGGUAUGAAUAACACAUGCAUACUCAUUAGGGAAAAUUUCAUGGGACCAUUAACAUUGUUGAGACAUACACAUCCAUCACUUGACCCCCAUCGUUAGAUAUACCUGUUACUCAUACUCAUGACAAAACCAAGAUGACUUUGUAUAUUUGUAAACCAUGUUCAGUGUCUGUGUGUCAAGUGGUCAGUUGCUGUGUGUGUUGCCAAAAUCUGUCCAGCCCAACCAUGUGUGGAUGUGGCUAUUGAGCUUGAAGCUUGGACUCCCUAAAAAUUAUUGUGAAAAAUAAAUAUUUAAAAGAUAUUGCAAUACUAGGGCAUUUCUCAUGAAACAUUCUGUAAGGUAUGUAUCUGUAAAUUUUUGAAGCAGAUAGCAAAGAAGGGAACAAACUAUAAAUGAUAUAAAUCUCAAAUCCAACUCAGCCCUGAAAACGUUGGCAGUAUACUUCUUUUCAAAGUCAAAAUCAAUCUAUAAGCUAAGCUAAGCUUAUUCUAGUCCUACUAACUUAUUAUAUUAUAUUACGUAGAUAUAUAAUCGAGUAGCCUUAUCACAUUUAAAUCUAAAAAUAAGCUUCUUAUCGCUUUGCUUACUAAAAUUAGAAUAUUUGUAGACUCAUAAAAACGAACACUAUUGAAACUCAGGUGAUCUAAAGUUUUGGCUUUGUAAGUAGCCUGUCAGUAUCGCACCAUUCUGGUCUCAGAUGUGAGCAGUGUGUGGGAGAAGGCAGACAGAGAUUCUCCACCAUAACCUUAGAGUGAAGUAAUGUCUUUAGUAUUCCAUGUAACACCUCCCUGCUGGCUGUGGACACCGGCUUCCACCGUCCACUGAAGAAGGACCUGCACAGAGCCCACAACCCCUGUUGCUUCGGUGUUCUGUACCCAAUUUUAACUAAUUUUUUACCGACCUUUAUCUGUGAAAUAUGUCUUGUACAAAUGUGAUAACACUCAAUAUUGUGAACUUAUUCACAAUAAUAAAUCCAGACAACACAUUCCCUAGCUUGCACGUGUCAGUCUGAGGGAGCUUGUGAGUCCACUUCAGAGUUCUUGAGGCAUUGACGAUGACCAUUGUGACCUUCAGGAGUCACUUCUGUGGCCACCUGGCUGAAAGUGACUGUUGCUAUACAAGACUGCUCUCUAGGCUUAUGAAGGCCUCACUAGCAGCCUUAGUGAAAAUUUUAGUGAUGCUCACAGAAUUAGUGUGUGUUGAGUGACAAGGCUCCCUGACUGCCACAGAAGACUUAAUGACACAAACUUUAUGCUUUUCGCCCUUAAAACUGCUGUAUAUGCUUGAAAGACUCAUUCUUUUAUAAUGCUCAGUUUUGUAUAUGAAGUACAUUAUAUUUUUGAGAAAAAUAGCUAAUGUUGAUCUUCUUUGAGAAUGACAUAAAUUGACCUGACAAGAUUCUUAAAUUCUACAAAGGUAGUUUGGUCCACCAUUGCUAUUAUUCUGCUAAAUAUUCUUCCUUGUAUAAGUUUUUGUUAUCUUCACAGAUUUCCUUGUACUCUAAAACAAACAUUGUUAUUGCCAAGGUUAUUUGAUACUAAAAUAUACCUUUCUUUUUAGAGAUAUUCUGCUCCGUUUUAAUAUUUUCCUAUAAGGUGCACUGAAUAAACUACGCAUUCAUUUUUUUUCUUAUUUAAUUUAGCGAAUGGCUUUGGUUAUUUAUCAGUUAUUGCUAAACACUGUCCAUUAACAUUUCUCACAAAUGUGUAAAUACUAACCUCAUACAAGAGCCCCAUCAUUCCCCGUUCUGUGAUCUAAUUGGCACUCAUUAUGUGUUAUAAUAGAGUUGGAGUCAUACCUUGAGCACCAUGGCAAUUCUUAUCUGCUUUUUCUUGUGUUGGACAGUUGUUUUUUGUUGAACUGUACAAUAUUUCCCAGUCAUAUGUAUAUAUGUUGUUGGUUAUGCAGCUGAAGAAAUCUCAACCAUAGAAUAAUUAAUUACCUUGUUUAGUUGAAUUUUGUUCUCUUUAUCUCUUUGCAGGCUGUAAUAUAUUUUCCUUUCCAUUUCAAUUUAACCUUGCAAGCUGUACUUUCACUACAAGCAUCUCAUUAGUCAUCUAGAUCUUGCUUAUUACUGCUGCUCUCGUUUUCCUCCUCUUCUGCCAUGUGCCACCUUGCUCAAUGAUGUGUUGGCUGGCCCGGUGACCCAAGGUUGUACCAAGUCAGCCAGUUUUAUAAUAACUUUAUACUGCACCCUAGUCAUGACAACAAAUACUUCUCAUUGUUAAGCCUUUUGUUUUCCUCAUAUAUGCUGUAACACAAGCUAGUCUUGACCCAUAUGUUAAUGUAAGACUCUGUAAGGUACCUUGUAUAUGCAAAUGUAAUUUUCAAUUAUAUUUUCACACAGUAUGUGAACAAGAAUUCAUUUACAUUGGUAAGUGAAUGUUAGCACGUGUGUCUUUGAUCACACAGACAGUUGUGGUGUUGAGGCUAGACAGAACAGAAGCUUGGUGCUCUGUAACAUCAGUAUUUAUUUUGCCAUUACUUUACUUUUAGAGCAGUUUCUGUCACAAAAUGAGGUUGAAGUUAAUCAGGUUUUGUGAAACUGCAAAACCCAUGACCAUAGUAAAAAGGUCAAGGAUAACCACUUCUCUCAGGAAUUAGUUUCAGUGAUUUGUAAAAAUUCAGAAUAACAUAAUUGAAAGUUAAAGUGUGGGACUAAUCUUUAUCUGGGGAUUUGAGAUGCAACUCAAUUGGCUUUCAGACCUCCACGCUAGUGUGUGGCCAUGGAUGAAACAGAGCCAAUGGCGGUGAAUUAAGAUAUGUUGCAAUCAGUCCUGGUCAUUAUUUAGCACCACGCUGUUGAGUGUUGAUUUAGCACGACCAUAUCUUCAUGACAUUGUUAAUAUAAUCAUCCAUAUGAUUUCUAAAACUGUUGUUAUUUUCAUGUUUCAUUUAUUUAUAAAAUUGAAUGUUAUUUUGGUGGAAGAGCGACUUCACAUUAAAUAAUGAAGAUAUAAAUCAU